CCAGCGCCGCUUCUCACCCAGCGCGAUGGGCAAGAAGGGCAAGAAGGAGAAGGGCCGCGGUGCGGAGAAGACGGCCGCCAAGAUGGAGAAGAAGGUGUCCAAGCGCUCGCGGAAAGAGGAGGAAGACCUGGAAGCCCUCAUUGCCCAUUUCCAGACGCUUGAUGCCAGAAAGACUCAGGUCGUGGAAACCCCAUGCCUCCCACCUUCACCAAGGUUAAAUGCCUCCCUCUCCGCUCAUCCUGAGAAAGAUGAACUAAUCCUUUUCGGAGGUGAAUAUUUCAAUGGCCAAAAAACUUUUUUGUACAAUGAGCUGUAUAUCUACCAUAUCAGAAAGGACGCCUGGACUAAAGUCGACAUCCCUAGCCCCCCUCCAAGGCGCUGUGCUCACCAGGCUGUGGUGGUGCCUCAAGGAGGUGGACAGCUGUGGGUCUUCGGAGGGGAGUUUGCUUCUCCUGAUGGAGAGCAGUUCUACCACUACAAGGACCUGUGGGUCCUGCAUUUGGCCACCAGGACCUGGGAGCAAGUCAAAUCAACAGGGGGUCCUUCAGGUCGGAGUGGACAUCGCAUGGUAGCCUGGAAGAGACAGUUAAUCCUUUUUGGUGGCUUCCAUGAGAGUAAAAGGGAUUACAUCUAUUACAAUGAUGUGUAUGUCUUUAACCUGGACACAUUGACAUGGAGCAAGCUGUCCCCGUCAGGGACUGGGCCCACACCCAGGUCGGGCUGCCAAAUGUCCGUCACUCUACAGGGCAGCAUCGUCAUCUAUGGGGGCUACUCGAAACAGAGAGUCAAGAAAGAUGUGGACAAAGGCACCCAGCACUCAGAUAUGUUCCUGCUGAAGCCUGAGGACGGGCAAAAAGGUAAGUGGGCAUGGACUCGGACUAACCCUUCUGGAGUCAAGCCCACUCCAAGGUCUGGCUUUUCCGUGGCUGUGGCCCCAAAUCAUCAGAUGCUUCUCUUUGGGGGUGUCUGUGACGAGGAGGAGGAAGAGAGACUGGAGGGUGACUUCUUCAAUGACCUGUAUUUCUAUGAUGCCACCAGGAACCGCUGGUUUGCAGGACAGCUAAAGGGACCCAAGUCAGAGAAGAAGAAGCGGCGGCGGGACAGGAAGGAGGAGCCCAAAGGCUCCAGCAUGCAGGCGAAAGGGGGAGCUAGUACCCCGGAGCCCCUGGAGGUGGUUAAAGAGGUGGUGGCCGAAGACGGGACCGUGGUCACCAUCAAGCAAGUGCUUGCGGCCCCAUAUCCAGUGGGACAGCCCCAGACUGAAGAUGAAGACAGUCCUGAGGACGCCAGUGGCCCUGUGGUCAAGCCAUGCCCUCGCUCCAAUGCCAUGGUGGCCGUGAAGCACGGGGUGCUCUACGUCUAUGGGGGCAUGUUUGAGACUGGGGACUGCCAGGUCACCCUCAGUGACUUGUACUGCCUUGACCUCCACAAGAUGGAAGAGUGGAAGGUUCUGCUGGAGAUGGACCCACAAACCCAGGAGUGGCUGGAGGAGACGGACUCAGAAGAGGACAGCGACUCGGAAGAGGACAGCGACCCAGUCGAGGGAGCUGAGGGUGGAGAGGACAACGAGGACAGCGGCGGGGAGGACGGAGGUGAGGGUGAGCGGCACCAGCACCCGGUGGUGGCGCCUGGGGAGCAGUACGUGGACUAUCUGCCCAGGACCGAGUAGUACUAGGUGAGGCUUGCCCAGCGCAGCGUGGGGCCCGACGUGUCAGAGAAGAAGGUGCUGAAAGCAGCCCAGGUCAUGGCAAAAUCCUUCUUUGAUGCUUCCUUUUAAGGCACUGCUGCGAGCCAUAAGUAAAUUGUGUGGUUGAAUACCCUCAGCUUCACUGUGUUAUUUAAAAUAAAUUGGACUUGAAACAAGACCACCGCAAAGGUUAUCUUCUGUACAUCCAGAGUGCGCCAGCAUCUGCUGAAGCCUUUGCCUUCGUCUCUGUGGGGUCUCUGCACGAGGGCAGGGCACGGAGCAGCUCUGGUCUGUGCCAGGGUGGGCUUAGGGUGAGACCAUCCUGAACAGGAAGGGUGUUUCUAUUCUAACAACACUGAAGUGUGUUGUGCUUCGUGGGGCUUUUUCCUUCUACAAGACAAGGAGAAGAACGUUCUGAUUAACUGUACAUUUUCAAACCACGGGUUGUCUCUGAUGUCUAAAAACAAUCAGAAGCUGUCCAUGGCCUGCUUGUCCACACGCUCUUGGCCAUCUUCACGUGGAGGCCCCGUUGGCUAUGCUAGCUGCCCUUGCUCUGCUGCUCAGCUCCAUCCGUGGCUCUCACAGCAAGAUGUUCUUGGUACGGCCGCCCUCCUUGGACUCGCCUACUCCAGCUGAGCCUUUCUGGGGAGACGGUGGUGGAACCAUCCCUGCUUCUUUCCCCUUUGGGCUUAAGUCUAUUGUUUGCAAAACGGCAGAGGACAGGAGGGUGAAGGGCAAGGACCCCACUGUCCCCACACAGUGUUAUUGUCCAGCGCCACCUGGCUCUGGAGCAGAAGCGGGACCCAUCUUCGUGGAUGUCUGGAUGCAGACCACCCCAGGAGCUGCCUGGAAGGGCGGGACUCGGAAUUGAGAAGAAACACAUUGAGUGAUUACCCUGAAAAGCAAAUAUUGAAGUUUAAGGAAAUUAAAAUAGGUUUUAAAAAGC